AUGGCAGACACGGUCCUUCUUGAAUACCGUGGCCCUGUUGCCAUCAUUACUCUCAAUAACCCGAAGAAGCUCAAUGCGCAAAGCAAAGAUGGAUUCUAUCAAAUCGCCAAGUACCUUCGCGAAAUCGCUACUCACGAUGAGGUACUGAUUACGGUUCUGGUGGGUGCUGGGAGGUAUUUCUCAGCGGGAGCCGAUGUCUCCAUUUCACGAGCCACUCCACCAGGAACCGACAUCUUCCGUCAUGGGCUUCAAAACACAGUCGCUAAUAAUCUCAAUAUCACCCGCGCAUUUCACACGCACCCGAAGAUUCUAGUGACGGCUUUGAACGGGCCAGCCGUCGGUCUCGCCGCAGCUUUGAUCUCAUUCUCCGAUUUUAUCUAUUCAGUUCCUACCGCGUUCGUGAUGACGCCAUUUAGCAGCCUGGGUCUAGUGGCAGAGGGUGGAGCAAGCUAUGGAUUUGUGCAACGGAUGGGUAUUUCGAAAGCGAGCGAAGCCUUGAUCCAAAGCCGGAAGAUACCUGCAGAGGAAUUGCGCGCGGUGGGUUUUGUAAAUCACAUUCUCCCACAGGAGGGAUUCUUGGAGGCUGUUUUGAAAGAUAUCAAUGACAAGAUGGGUCCGCAUCUGGUCGGAUCUAGUAUGUUGCGGAUCAAGGCUUUAAUUCGGCAUCGGCAGAAUCGGGAGAUGGAUGAACAGAAUGUGCUGGAGUUGUUCGAAGGUCUUGAUAGACAGGUCCAGGGUAUUCCGCAGAAGGAGUUUGAGAAGAUGAGGACAGGCGCAAAGCGGCAUAAGCUUUGA